CGUUCACAUGUCAUACCCCACUCCACUUGUAGAUGUCUGUACACACCAUGGCGUGGCGCUGACUCCAAUCAGAUCCGACCCGAAGCAAACCACCGCCCCGCUGGUGAUGUCGAUCCGCCCAGCCGCCAAUCGAAGAAGGCCAGGCUCGCUCAUUUCCGACUGACGCCCGCCGGCGAAACAUGGGCCAAAGCGAGAGCUCCCCCACCACCACCACCACCUCCAACCCCCCGAGUCGCAAGCCGAGCCAGCGGGAAAGCAAUCAUUCACGCGGAAGAGACGGGCAUGAUUCGCCGAGUGUGAAGAGAGUGGUGCCGAGAAAUCAGACGCCCCCCACUACCUCCAAUCUCUCCGCCGCCGCCGCUUCCACCUCCACUUCCACCGAAUACGCCCAAGCCUCUCACUCGCGUUCUCGAUCAACUACUUCUGCCUCUGCACCUGUCAACAUGGGCAGCAGCGAGUCGAAGCCGCAGCCUCCGGCGAGGUCGGCCACCCUACAAACCUCAUCGACUAGCGAGAAAAAGCAAGCUUCUCCUCGCCGAUAUCCAGUGGCCGGAGAUGCGGAUUCUCAGCAAGACAUCUCACCAGCCGUCGUGCCCACGCUCUUUGGUCUCCCCGAGAGUGCGUGGAAUCAUCCACCGAGACUUCCUCUGCCCAUCGAUCGGGACCCCGAGCCCGCGUCACCCAUCCUCACCCCACGCAGUGGCACCCCCACCGUCCAAAAUGAAGUGGAGGGCAACCUGUUGGAAAAGGAGUCGAGGCUGCUCAGCUCUACCACCCUUGACGAUGAAGAAGGCGGGGCGGACAUUCAGCAGUUCGCCAUGGAGACCGAUCCUCUGGCCCCCAAAGUCCCUACUACUCUCAUCUACCCGGGAGAAGGCGACACGGUCUAUGUCACCGGUACUUUCGCGAGUUGGGAGAAGAAGUUUCGCAUGCACAAGGGCAAGGAUGGCAUUUUCAGGGCAACGCUUCCGCUCCACCCCGGCACCCAUCACAUUACGUUUCUCGUUGACGGCGACAUGAAGACUUCGACGGACUUGCCCACCACUGUCGACUUCGCAGCGGCACUGGUGAACUACAUCGAGGUCUCCUCUGCGCAGAGUCCGACCGCCGACAGGCAGCCGACGGAAGCCAUUCCGAUCCCCGGUGCUGUGGAUGGGCCCGGCCGACCCGCGGUAAAUGACCAUCCACUGACAGGUCCGGCGGGGCACGACGAGCUAUCCAGUAUCCAAGCUACCGGAGCUCCUGCUCCAAACCAACAACCGGCCUCGCUGCGUCCACAUUCCAUUCCCAAGCAGGGAGGUCUCACCCCACAGAUAUCACAGGCAGGACAGCAGCAGCCGCCGGCUCAAAGCAAACCCUCCAAACCCAAAGCACCCCGGCCCAGGUAUUCGUCGCAGAUCCCGACCAUCUUCCUGCAUCUCGACAUGUACAAUAAUCCCGAGGACCCGCGCUACCGCCUUGCCGUCAAAGCCAGCCAGAAUCUGCCUCAGCCUCCUAGCUUGCCCAUGUUCAUGAGCAAGAGUAUUCUGAAUGCCACCACGCCUCAAAAGGACGACGCGAGUGUGUUGACCAUGCCGAAUCACACUGUGCUGAACCAUUUGGCCACGUCGAGCAUUAGGCAGGGAGUGUUGGCGACUAGUGGAACGACGAGGUACAAGAGGAAGUUCCUAACGACCAUCAUGUACAAACCCACUUCCGACGACGGAUGAGUUCGCGACACGAGAGGGCACGGAAUUCCAAUUCCGGUCGCCACCCAGCCCAUAUGCACGUGGGAUGGCAUUGAAGUCCUGCUAUAGACUUUUCGGCUGCAUUAGACGUUGAUGCGAGGACUGUUCUCCUUCAGCGACGGCGCGGACGGGGCAUUUGUAACGAUAGCAACGGCAACAGCAAAGGCCAGCCAGGCAUGCGGAGAGACAGGACUUUUGACAUUGUGUGAAUGGCAUGGCCAGCCACGCGGCGCCGGGCUCCACUCGCAUACAAUAGCGUCAAGUUAGCAAAACUCAAAACAGUCAACUGCUACGCCA